UAUAAAUGAAACGGCUACAAAAUCUCUCUCGUCUCGAUCCAGACCCUGAAGACUCGCUCCCGAUCAUCAUCGACUCCAGCCGAGAGAUCCCGAUCGCGCGAUGAUGGAGCCGCCGCCGCCGACGACGUCGCUGGACCACCGGGUGCCGGCGGAGGAGAGGCACCGGAUCGAGCGGGUGGCGAGGUACGUGGCGCGCGACCGGGACGGGGACCUCGCCGAGGCGAUGCUGCUGCGGCUGCUCAAGAUCACGCGCAACGGCCGCCGGUGGGGGUUCCUGGCGCACGACCACCCGCUCCACCCCUACUACCUCCAGCAGAAGGUCUCCGAGCAGUGCCGCAUCCUCCGCCCGCGCCCCGCCGCCGCCGCCGUCGCUGAUCGGUGACCGGUCUCCGCCGUGCCGUGCGUACAUCCUGAGGACGCGCGUCUUUUGCUGCCUCUGUUCUGUCCUGUUGUUCGUUCUUGUUUCGUCAUCGGAUCACAUUUUUUUCUAGGAUUACUUUGUGCUUAAGACGAACGUGACAUUGUUGUGAGAUAAAAUCUGGAGACGAUUCGAGAAUCGAGGAACAAAUUUCCAUUUUUGA